AUGACUAUGAUAAGUGCUGGUCACGAGACAACAGCAGCUGUUUUUACUUGGGCUGCUAACCUUCUUGCACAAAAUCCUGAAAAAAAUAGGAAAGCUCAAGCUGAGAUUUAUACUGUACUUGGUGAAGGUGCACCUAUUUAUAAAUCAUUGAAAAAGCAAGAGUCCGUACAUACGACUCAUCAUUGUAGAAUCCCUUCGUCUAUAUCCUUUCUCAUUUUUAUUGUCAUGUACGGAAAGACAGAACCACAAGGUUUCAACUGGAGAUUUCAAAACCUACUGGAGAACCUCAAAAGUGAAGUAGUCUGGACAUGA